AAGCAGUAUAAAUAGAGCCAUGUAGGCAGGAAGUAAAAGACGAUCAUCACCGUUUUCCUGCGUCAAUCCGACCCUCAGAAUCAAGAUUCACAUUCCACCAAUUCCAUCAACCAUCGCCAAGCAUUCUCCCCAAAAUCCCACCAUGGACUCUCUCCUCUCAGCUCAUGAAAUCGGCGAAGGACUUCCCGUCGUGAUCAUCCACGGAUGGCAGAUGCAGGGAAAAGCCGACCAGCUGGACUUUGAGCCGAUUUUCAGCAAAACACUAGGAUUGCGCCGGAUCUACGUCGACCUUCCCGGCAUGGGCACAUCACCUGCGAACAAUGUCCAGGACCAAGACGACGUAUACCAUCGACUAGGGCAAUUCAUUGAUUCUCGACUCGGGACAUCAAGGUUCUUAGUCGUCGGCUCGUCAUGUGGGGGUUACCUUGCGCGCGCGAUUGCGCAGAAAUACAUCGACCAAGUCGAUGGGUUACUACUGCGGGUCCCGCUCAUCGAACCAACAGAUAGCAUGCGCGACGUGGAUACAUUCGAGCCGUUGGUUGCGAACGAGGAAGUCAUGGCGAACAUGCCAGCCGAGGACAAGGCGCUUCUCGGAAACGUCCUCGUUCAAACUCCUGCGUACGUGCAGGCUUUGAAGACAAAAUACGACCAGGCGUACACUCCAGCGGAGAAAGCAUCGGACGUGAAGGUGCUAGAUCCGAUCCGCGAAGACACACGCCGAUAUCAGUUAUCGUUUUCGUUGGACAAUGAAAGCGCCAAGUUCUUUGCACCCACGCUGAUUGUAUGUGGUCGGCAUGAUGAGAGCGUUGGGUAUAGGGAUAGUUUGCGCCUGCUGGGUCUCUAUCCACGAUCUACAUAUGCUGUGUUGGAUCGUGGUACGCAUGGCCUUCCGAUUGAUGAGACUGGUCUUUUUGCAGCCCUUGUUCGGGAUUGGAUUUUUCGGGUUGAGGAAUGGCGAGGUCGUGUGGAGAAAUAAGAGCUGUCCAUGUGGAUGAUGAUUGAUGUACAUACCCACUCUAGUGCAUGGAAUAAAAACUGA